UGGCAGAACAAAAGGCAUUUUCUGUCGGUAAUGGGCAGUCAGCACAGAGCGGUCUCGGAGUGUCCCCUGCAGGCGCCCCUGGUGCACUGCAGGACGGACUGAGCUUCGCGCUGCUGGACGGCAACGGCGAUGAGGUGGUUCAGCCUUUCCCACGGUCUCCGAAGCUACAGAGGAAGGUGGCGAACGCCGGACAGCCCUCUCAGUCCCAAGAAGCCGGACGCCUCUGAGCAGGAAAUCCGACUGAACGAAGAGCGAUUUGAAAGGCUCCUGAAGACAUUAUCCUCCAUCUCCAAGAACCUGAGAGCUCAGCUGCAGAGGAAGACUCUCCUCUUAGAUUCUUGCCCCAUGGCGAUUGACAAGCAGACCUGCCACGGCCAGAUCGCAGUGACCUCAGAGGGGCGGGGCGUGUUCUUCUCAGGCGCGGCUCGCCCGGCUCGCUCGGCUCCGGAGCACCCUCUUCAGUUUGAUAAGGUGUGCUGCGCCCUGGGCCGCUCUCCCGUCCCGACUGCGCAGAGCUACUGGGAGGUCGACGUCCGCUGCUGCGCGGCCUGGGCCGUGGGCGUCGCGUACGGCAGCCUGGAGAGGAAGGGCCGGGACAAGGGCGCCAAGCUGGGCCGAAACAGGAACUCGUGGUGCGUGGAGCUUCGCAACGGCCGCCUUUCCGCCUGGCACAACGACCGGCACGUGGCGUGCCAGAGCGUCGGGCAAACGCCGCUGGGAAAGGUCGGAGUGUGGGUGAACUAUAACAAGGGCCAGCUGAUGUUUUACGACGCGGACACGAUGGUCGUCCUGCAGAGGUUCUCUGCAGCUGUGACGCAGGUGUUUGACAGGGCUCACCACCAGUUCACCGAGCCCCUGUACCCCGCCGUACGCUUCCUGAAACCGCCGGAGAACCAGAUGUGGCCAAACCACCUGGAGCUCUGCCAUCUCAAUGCUCCAUGAUACAGCGGCCACGCUCCACAGACAGUGAGGUGGACUCUACUGAUAACGAUGUCUGUGAUCUUUUAUGCCCACGUACAUUCGACAUUAAAUCAAAGAAGACGUAAAUGACAUAAACUAACCUGAAGUCGA